AUGAGUAUAGACGAGGACUCCAAGUGGCUGGACUGGGUAACCAAGCAGUUUGAAAGUAUUGCUGGAGAAGACAAAGAAAUUGAUCUAGAUGAAUUCAAGACAGCACUGAAAGUCAAAGAGUCUUUUUUUGCAGAGCGUUUUUUUGCUUUGUUUGAUUCGGACGGGAGCGGCUCCAUCAGUCUGGACGAGUUGCUGAAGGCUCUCAGUCUCCUGAUACAUGGGAGUGAAACUGACAAACUGCGUUUCCUUUUCCAAGUUUAUGAUGUGGACGGCAGUGGUUCUAUUGACCCAGAUGAGCUGCGUACAGUUCUGAAGUCUUGUCUUCUUGAGAACGCCAUAUCAUUGCCGGAGGAGAAGCUAGGUGACUUGACACUCAUACUUUUCCAGUCUGCUGACCAGGACAACAGUGGAUCCAUCACAUUCCAGGAACUAAAGGAACAACUGGAGCGUUUCCCAGAAGUCAUGGAGAACUUAACAAUCAGUGCUGCCAACUGGCUCAAGCCUCCGACCAUAGAAAAGAAAAAUCACACCCCUCGCUACCUGACUCCAACCUACUGGCACAACAAUCGCAGCAAGGUUCUGUUCAUGUGCUCCUACUGCUGUGUCAGUGUAUUGCUCUUUACCCUGGCAGCUGUCAAUCAUUCCAAUCUUGGGGGCUGGAUUAUGGUAGCCAAGGGUUGUGGCCAGUGCCUGAACUUCAACUGCAUGUUUAUUGUGAUCUUGAUGCUUCGGCGCUGUCUCACGUGGCUGCGCACUACAUUUGUUGUGCAUUUCCUUCCAUUGGAUCACAACAUCAUCCUACAUGAGCUGGUUGGAUAUGCAGUAUUUGUUCUUACUGUUGUUCAUACAGCCGCCCAUGUGAUAAAUUUCAUAAACAAGGCCAUAAAUCCAGGUUCUUUUACUUUCUGGGAAUACCUCCUCACACUGCAGCCCGGCAUUGGCUGGGUAUACGGGAGUGCCUCCAUCACGGGAAUACUGCUGCAGAUCCUCAUUUGCCUGGUGCUUGUGGGCUCCAGCACCUUUGUCAGGAAGGGAGGACAUUUUGAGGUGUUUUACUGGACGCACUUGUCUUACAUCUGGAUCUGGAUUCUGUUGUUCCUCCACACUCCUAAAUUCUGGAAGUGGUUCCUGGCUCCGGGACUCCUAUUUGUGCUGGAGAAACUGUUUGGAUUGGCAGCAUCACGUAUGGGUGGACUGUACAUCAUAGAGGUGAACCUGUUACCCUCAAAGGUGACUCAUCUUGUUAUUAAGAGGCCACCAUCCUUUCAUUACAAGCCUGGUGACUAUGUGUACCUGAAUAUACCUGUUAUUGCCAAGUAUGAAUGGCACCCAUUUACCAUCAGCAGCGCCCCCGAGCAAGCAGACACUCUAUGGCUACACAUCCGCUCACUGGGACAAUGGACAAACAGACUCUAUGAUUACUUCCAUCUUCCGGAGAAUGCUAAGAGGCAUGGGACAAAGAGGCUGGCCCAGAAUCUGAAGAAGAGGCACAAAAGUCAGGUAAGUCAGGCAGGAGAAGAGGUCUGUGUCAAAAGCCACCAGUUGUGUAAUGUAAAGUGUUAUAUUGAUGGACCAUUUGGAACUCCGACUCGGCGGAUCUUCACAUCAGACCACGCAGUGCUGAUUGGAGCAGGGAUAGGAAUCACUCCAUUUGCCUCAAUUCUGCAAAGCAUCAUGUACAGAUAUCGGAUGAGAAAACAGAACUGUCCCAACUGCAAGUAUUCCUGGUGUGAGGCACUGAAGGACAAUGAAAUGAAGCUCAGAAAGGUGGACUUUAUCUGGAUAAACCGAGACCAGAAGUUUUUUGAGUGGUUUGUCAGCCUAUUAACCAAGCUGGAAAUGGACCAAGCUGACGGGGAACCAGAGGGCAGAUUUCUAGAGAUGCAUAUGUACAUGACGUCAGCUCUCAGCAAGAAUGACAUGAAGGCCAUUGGCCUACAGAUGGCCCUGGACCUUCUGGCCAAGAAGGAGGAAAGAGACUCUAUUACAGGUCUGAGGACCCGUACACAGCCUGGGCGACCUGACUGGAACAAGGUGUUCCAGAAAAUAGAAAAAGAGAAGAAAGGCAAGGUACAGGUGUUCUUCUGUGGGUCUCCAGUCCUGGCUAAAACUAUCAAGGCGCACUGCGGACAGUUCAACUUUAAAUUUUUUAAGGAGAAUUUCUAGUGAUGGGUCUCUAGUAGAAUGGUGAUAGAACACCAACAACAUUGAAACAAUGACUGCUGUCCUCAGAUGUCAUAGGCAUUAAACAUAUAUGUUGUAGAUUACUGUGUAUUUAUGGAAUAAAAUGUUUAUGAUACAUAAAUAGGGAAUUUGCUAUAUGAAUUAUUAGGUAGAUCAUAAAGAUGAUAAGCUGGGAACAGAGUAAGGAGACAUUCUUAAUAGUGGGGUUGUGUGUUCUUGCUAAAAUGUGUAGUAAUCUGAGUGAUGUAGUGGUGGGUACAACGGGCAGCUAAAAUCCAUGUACUGUAUGUCAGAAUGACAUGUGCUAAGGCAGAGGCUCCCAAACGCAGUCCUCAGGACACCCUAAUGAUCCAGGUUUUAAUAAUAUCCAUGCUUGGCAACAGGUGACUUAGUCAGUCAUCAGUCAGUUUGAUUUAGCCAACUAUGCUGAGCCCUGAGUAUGCAUAAAACCCAGACUGUUAGGCUGCUUCGAGGACUGUACUAAGGAGAUGUAAUGAGGAGGAGUGGCGAUGUGUUUGACUAAUUUCAACUAUUUAAGAGUCCAUUAUAAGUGGUGUAGUGAAGUCAUGUGAGUGAUUUUGUAAAGUGUGGCAGAAAGUAGUGCGAGGAUGCAGGGAAGGCAGAUGGGUAGAGUGAAGUUACAAGCAGUGAUGGGGGUGAAUGAGCCGUAGAGAAUGCUCAAGGGCCCUCAUUCCGAGUUGAUUGCUCGCUAGCUGCUUUUAGCAGCAGUGCACGCGCUAGGCCGCCGCCCUCUGGGAGUGUAUCUUAGCUUAGCAGAAGUGCACAGGAAAAAUUUCAUGCCAUUUCUGAGUAGCUCCAGACCUACUCCUAUCUUGCGAUGACUGCAGUCUGUUUAGUGUCACAAACACGCCCUGCAUUCAGCCAGACACUCCCCCGUUUCCCCAGCCACUCCUGCGUUUUUACCUGGCACGCCUGCAUUUUUUAGCACACUCCCUGAAAACGCCAAGUUGCCGCCCAGAAACACCCACUUCCUGUCAAUCAUACUACGAUCACUCGAGCGACUGGAAAACGUCGCUCGAGUUUGGGUAAAACUACAACGUUUUGUGUGAAAGUACUUAGCGUAUGCGCAUAAAUGCAGUUUUUUCACCUAAUCGCUGCGCUGCGAAAAUCAGCAGCGAGCGAUCAACUCGGAAUGAGGGCCAAUAUCCUAGCUUAGCAUUGCAAUAAUUCUGAAAUGAAAAACCCCCACCCAUUUUAGGUUUGUGGAGUAAACUGUAAAUUC